AUGGAACAGCAUUCUCCUGCUCGACAAGGGCCAACUUCGCCCAUUGCAUCUCGAGAAUUAAGAUUGCAUCUUCCAUCGACGACCGAUCCUCCUGGCCCACAGAACCCUCCAAAGCCUCUCGUAUGGCUGAUCUUCGGUGCUACUGGCCAUAUGGGCCGCUCACUCGUCAAGACCACCCUCGCCCGAAAUGAUCUCGUUGCCGCCGUCGGGCGCACUUUUGAAAACAGCCCCGAAGCGAUGAGGGAGCUCGAAGCUGAGCAUGAUAAUUGCCUUGGCCUUCUUUGUGAUGUUCGUGCGCGUGAGACGGUGAAAAGAGUCAUCGAUCAGACUAUUGCGCGAUUUGGCCGCAUCGACGUGAUUGCCAAUUGCGCCGGGUACGGCGUGAUCGGCGCGUGCGAAGAUCAGGACGAGUUCGACAUCCGAAACCAGUUCGAGACCAACUUCACCGGUACCUUGAACAUCAUUCAGCUGUCACUGCCACACUUUCGUGAGAGACGGGCAGGUCGAUACUUGAUUUUCAGCUCUACAUCAGGUGCGCUGGGCGUGCCGGGACUAGGACCGUACUGUGCCUCCAAGUAUGCGGUAGAAGGUCUGAUGGAGAGCAUGCUUUACGAGGUAGACAGCUUCAAUAUCAAGGGUACCCUUGUUGAACCGGGUCACAUGCGUCGUGAUGACAUUGGAGAUCUGGUCUCUCCGUCGGUCAUGGCAGCCAACCCGUCCGAGCAUAAUCUCUCCUCGCCUCUACCGUUGUACGGGCACUUUCUGGUCAAACCGCCCAGUGAGCCGUACAACACGGCAACGUCCCCCGCAGCGCAUGCCAGACGCAUGUUGAUGUGGCUGGGCGACAAGCAGCCUGCCUCCGCCGUCAAGGCAGCGCAUCUCGUCUGGGAGCUUGGGCAUUGCUCUUAUCCACCUCUCCGUUUGAUCCUGGGUACCUAUGCCGUGGAAAGCAUUCGCGAUCGUCUCAAGUGUAUCAUCGAGGAAAUUGAAGACUGGAAGCACCUCAGUUUUCCCCUGGGAGAGUCACAGCCCGCACCGGCAAAUCGUGAAAGAUCCGCACCGGCGGACAGUGCCGACGGCGGAGAUGCCGCUGAGGGCGGCAGUGGGUGA